AUGUUCAAACAAUGCAGAAAUAAGAAAAGAAAACAUUUUUCAUUCAAGAAGUUCAUGAUGGAAGUAAGUUCAGAUACGAAGGAAACAUUUUUAGGAUCGAAGUCGUUGUUUGGGAUGAACGACAGCACUAGAGCCAGCCGGUGUAGCCUCUACAACGUCAUUGAGGCUGAUUAUCUGCAAGGAUGGGAUUUUCAAGAAAAUUCAGAUGACAAGUCUAUCUCUAAUCACAUCAAUCCAGCCCUGCUUGACCUGGACCACAAUAGCUGUCACAGUACAUUCUAUGAUAUCAUGGAGGAGGAACUCGAUGAGUGCAGUGUCGAGAUGCUGAGGAAGAAGUUGACGGGGGUGCUUUCGAAGGAUUUCACCAUCAGAGAUCGACACUGUCGUCUGUUUGUCCCUAUGGAUCUCAUUAAAAGGAUAUCUGCUGACGUCGUGCGCAUGUCGCAGCUAGAACCUAGAGGUGUCGAUGGUGGUCGUUUAAUUGUUAAGCUAGAUUUUGACGGAUGUGAAACUGAUCUUGGACGAGUUUGCUCCUCGAAUUCAUCUACCUCUGCCAACGACGACGUAAACAACGAAAUUCUUUACGAAAUCAACCUAACAUUGAAGGAAGAUUCAAAAAAUUGGCCAAGCUUCAAACAGCUGGCUUUCAUGCUGCCCAGUAUGGUCUGCUGCCGACUGAACCAGCCGAAGCAGACGAUCGUUUACGUAGGCCCGGGCUAUAAACUCGAGAAGGUGAAACUCUACAAGAAUGUUAAUGUACUGAACAGUCCUAACUUGUAUCUCAGUAAUGGUUACUUGAACAACAACAACAGAAUUUUACCUAACAGAAAUCUCAUAUACAGCCAUAACAAUAAUAAUAGCAGAAAUGACGCUAACGAUAAUAGUGUUAACAAUAAUAAAUAUAUUAAUAAUAAUAAUAAUAAUAAUGAUAGCAACAUGAAUAUCGUUGACAUUAAUGCUAAUAACUUAAGUAGCAGUAGCAUUAGUGUAACUGUUGAUCAUGACAACGUCAUUACUAAUAAUGAUGAUAGCACUAAGGAUGAUGCCAAUAGCAAUCUUUUACAUGGAGAAUAUUCUCCAACACAUUAG